AUGCAGAAGCAAAGAGAAGAGGAUUAUGUGAUCCGAUUCCUAGAAGGUCUGAAUGAGGAUUAUGAAACCAUUAAGUCUGGAGUAUUGGUUAUGGAUCCAAUUCCAGAAAUGGAGAAGGUGCUCAAUAUGACCUUGAAAGUUGAGAGGAAGAUCAAAGGCUUUAUCAGUCAGAAGUGCAAUGACUUAAUCCAAUCCAAUGCAGUUUACAAUGAUCAGACUCAAACUGCAGAGGAACAUCCAUUGUUGGCAGUAGCAGCAUCCAACAACAGAAAGAAAUUCACAGGCAAUGGAGGGAAAAAUGUUCCAAAAUGUACCUUCUGUGGCAUGCUUGGGCAUACAGUUGAGAAAUUCUAUAAAAAGCAUGGCUAUCCCCCAGGGUGGGUUGCAGGUUAUAAGUCCAAGAAUAAACAAGUUCAGGACACACAACACUCUUCAAAUGCAGCUGUAAACCAAGCAGGUGAUAUAGGGAUUUCUGCUGAUCAGUUUCAAAAGCUUCUUUCUCUUUUGCAGAAUCAAAAUAAGGGGAAUCAAUCUUCUAGCAAUGCUGCUGUGACUAUUGCUGGUUCAGGAGUCAAACCUAGCUUCAAAGACUCCGUGGAGGCUCCCAGUGAAGGUAGAACUACCUCCAAUCCUUCUCUUAAUGUUGUAAUGAAUACAGAUGAUUUUUGGAUAGUGGACUCAGGGGCCACAGACCAUAUUACCUGCUCAUUAGAUUAUUUUGAUGCAUAUGAGAGGGUUCAGGGAAUAUCUGUUAAGCUACCUAAUGGGGAGAUUGUGAGUGUAACUCACAUUGGACAGAUAAGGCUUAAUCAGAAUAUCCUGUUGACAAAUGUGUUGUACAUUCCAUCUUUUACCUUCAACAUUAUCUCUGCAAGUAAAUUGACGAAGCAGUCAGGCUGUAGAUUGGUUUUAGAAGCUGAUUCUUGUGCUGUCCAGGCUCAUCUUGGAACAAUGGAUGGUUUUGCUAGGCAGAGAGAUGGAUUAUACUUGGUCAGUGAUCCUCCUGUUAAGAAGAAAGCUCAUUCUCCUAUUCUAAAUGAGUUCCAGUGUAAUUCCUUGUCUUUAGAAGUAUGGCAUAAUAGAUUGGGUCACUAUCCCAUCAAUAAGAUUUCUGUUUUGAAUGGAAUAAAACAUACUGCUUCUCAUAAAUGUGAUGAUUUAGUUUGUGAUGCCUGUCAUUUUGCUAAACACAGAAGAUCUUCUUUCCAACUAGCAUGUCCAGGUCUGAGCAUUGUUUUGACCUUAUCCACAUGGAUGUCUGGGGUCCUUUUGCUAUGGCAUCUCUCAAAGGAGAACACUAUUUUCUAA